GCAACAGUUCGCCAAAAAAAAAACAAAAACAACGCACGACCAGCUGGUCCAGUGCAUCCAAAACACACCAUCAUCAGUUUUCCGAAGUGCAGAAAAGCAAGUCAUGUUUUGAGUUUAUCGCCCCUUGAAAAAUGCGGAGCCCAGAAACGGACAGUGAGCAAUCGGACGAAUCGAAUUCCUGCGGCUCCUCUACGGAUGACAGCCAUUCCAGCGGAUUGCGCCAUCAGCGAAGGAGCACCCAUCGUGGUGCGGAUGUGUUCAGCCUCAAGGCCAUGGCGCCCAGACCCAAUGCCGGACCCGGUGGCUGGUUGUGCCUGCUAAUUCCGUUGGCCUUAAGUGUACGCCUGCUCCAUGACUCACCUGACUGCGAUAAGGAUGCUGCCAGGAUGCAGUGGCUCCUCACUGUUUCCGCCAGCGGAAUGGCCUUGGAAACCCUCUGCUUCUUCGUCUAUGCCUUUGUAAAGACGGGCAUCUUGGUCAAGUGCCUGGUGAGCCUGCUGCCCGGAGUGGCCACCAGUUUCAGCCUUUAUCUGCUGGCCGACUCCUCGCUGACCUUCGCCGUCCUUGUGGGAUUCCUGAUGACCUCCGCGUACCAGCAAAUCUAUAUUUACACUCUGCGUGGCUUCGAGGGUUUGUUUACCUACGGCGAGGCCUCUGUUUUUGUCCAAGGACUGGUGCUCUUCGCCAUCAGUGCUGUCCACCGACUCAGCGGAUUUUUCUGUGGCGCCUCCUGGCCAACUGGUGAAUUUGAGACCCUCAACAUGAUCAUGGUGAACGCACUGUUUUGGCUGCUGGUAUUCUGCCUGGCUCUCGUCAUGUUUCCAUCGUUGAGGAAACCGUACCGCUUUUACCUGUGGACGCUGCAGCUCCUGCUGGCUGUGACCUGUAUGCCGGUGACGAGACCUCUUCCCCUGAUGGCCCUUAUCCACUUCCUGCUGCAGGAUCACAAUAGACUCAGCAUCUUGGUCUUCUAUCUGCUGCUGGUGGUUUUAACCUGCUUCACUGUUGCCUGGCAAAUUGGCAGCGCCUCAAAGGCCAACACGCGCAUUCGCAAGAUAUUCCAUCUUCUUAUUGUGCUGGUCUAUAUCCCGGGAUUGGUCUACGAGUGCGCCCUGCUGUACCUGGCCACUGGAGUGGCAUUGGCUGCGUUUGUGGUCCUGGAACUGCUACGACUCCUUAAGAUUCCUCCAUUCGCCGAGCGACUGGCCGAUGCAUUCCGUUCCUUCAAGGAUGAGAAGGAUGCCGGGGAGUUGGCACUGACGCCGUUCUGUCUGCUCAUCGGUUGCUCCAUGCCCGUUUGGAUGACGCCAUGUCCCUGCUCUGGCGGCGAUACAUUGGCUCUGCUCUCCGGAAUCCUGGCAGUGGGCGUAGGUGACACUGCGGCCAGUGUGGUGGGCUCCAAGUUGGGCCGCAACAAGUGGGGAAAAUCCUCCCGCUCACUGGAGGGCACCAUCGCCUUUGUGGUUUCCAUUCUGCUCGCCGUAUGGUUGCUGCAGAUUACCGGCUUGUUGGCCAUGACCCAGGCGAAAUGGUUUGCUACCAUCUUUGCGGCAUUGAAUACCGCUUUAGUAGAGGCUUUUACCGACCAGGUGGACAACCUAGUGCUGCCCCUCAUAUUCUAUACGAUUGUUGGCCUGGCCUAAUCUGCGCAUGGAUGUAUAUAACUUGUGAUGACCACAUUCCUCGGUGUAUUUAUUAGUAAAAUUACUCGGUGUAUUUAAGUGUACUGGAAUUAGCCCAUUGGUUUUAUUUCAACCAAUCAAAAUGUUAUAUUAUAAAAAUGAAUUUUUAAAAGCAAUGUUUCAAUAUCAUUUCAUAGAUGAAAUUUUUUAAAUUAAUAUUGCAAUAAAUCUAAGGAGUCCUA